UUCCUACUCAAAGCAACGAGUCAAAGAUAUGGAAUAGUAUCAGUCUCUAAUGGGAGUGUAGUUAACAGUUAAAGGUUGUAAUUUCAGAGAUAAAAAGAUUUGUUUUUUCUUUUGUUAAGAAAAAGGGUGUUUCUUUGAUGAGUUUUGGAGAAUUUCUCGAUAACAGCUCCGGUGGACUCUUCGGGUUUGCAAGGAUAGUCGCCGACAUGUCUUUUAGCAGCAACAUGCUCUCUCCUUCUCUUCCUAAGAACAUAUUCAACUCUCCAGGCCUCUCUCUUGCUCUUCAACCGAGUACAGAUAAUCGAGGAGAUGGGAUUCGAAUGGGUGAGAAUUUCGAAGCAAGUUUUGGGAGAAGAAGCAGAGAAGAACAACAAGAGAGCAGGCCUGGAAGUGAUAACAUCGACGGCGUUUCGGGUGACGAUGAAGACGCCGCCGACAACCGUCCGAGGAAGAAGAGAUACCACCGACACACUCCUCAGCAAAUCCAAGAGCUUGAAGCUCUCUUUAAGGAGUGUCCUCAUCCCGAUGAGAAACAACGAUUGGAGCUUAGCAAAAGGCUUUGCUUAGAAACCAGACAGGUCAAGUUUUGGUUCCAAAAUCGCCGUACACAAAUGAAGACUCAAUUGGAACGCCAUGAGAACUCUUUGCUGAGGCAAGAGAACGACAAGCUUCGAGCUGAGAACAUGUCUAUUAGGGAUGCUAUGAGGAACCCGAUUUGCACCAACUGCGGCGGUCCGGCAAUUAUCGGCGACAUAUCUCUCGAAGAGCAACAUCUUAGAAUCGAAAACGCUCGUUUGAAGGGCGAGUUAGAUCGAGUCUGUGCACUCGCCGGCAAGUUUUUGGGGCGACCCAUUUCAUCACUAGCCACUUCAAUUACACCUUUAAUGCCAAACUCGAAUCUGGAACUAGGAGUUGGUAGCGAUGGCUUUGAUGGUUUAAGCACCGUGGCUACAACAUUGCCUUUGGGUCCUGAUUUCAGCGGUGGGGUGACGAAUUCAUUGCCGGUGGUUUCACCGUCUACAACCGGACUCGACCGAUCCGUCGAAAGAUCCAUGCUUUUGGAACUGGCAUUGGCUGCAAUGGAUGAAUUGGUUAAGAUGGCUCAGACUGAUGAACCUCUUUGGAUUAAGAGGUUGGAAGGUGGAAGAGAAAUACUGAACCAUGAUGAAUACUCUAGAACAUUUUCUCCUUGCAUCGGCAUUAAACCCAUCGGCUACGUCUCCGAGGCAUCCAGAGAGAUGGGCAUGGUGAUUAUCAACAGUUUGGCCCUUGUUGAAACCUUGAUGGACUCGAAUCGUUGGGCGGAGAUGUUUCCUUGUAUGAUUGCUAGUUCAUCUACUACUGAUGUGAUAUCUAGUGGCAUGGGAGGGACCAGAAAUGGUGCAAUUCAACUGAUGCAUGCUGAGCUGCAAGUACUUUCUCCAUUGGUCCCAGUCCGUGAGGUCAAUUUCCUAAGGUUUUGCAAGCAACAUGCCGAAGGUGUUUGGGCGGUGGUCGACGUGUCUGUAGACACCAUCCGGGAUACUUCCGGUGCACCGACAACAUUGGUAAACUGCCGGAGACUUCCUUCCGGUUGUGUUGUGCAAGAUAUGCCUAAUGGAUAUUCCAAGGUUACAUGGGUUGAACAUGCAGAAUACGACGAGAGCCUAAUUCACCAACUCUACCGGCCUUUACUAAGCUCCGGCAUGGCCUUUGGUGCCCAACGUUGGGUCGCCACCCUUCAACGGCAAUGCGAAUGCCUUGCUAUCCUCAUGUCCUCCACUGUUCCCACAGGAGACCAUACUGCUAUAACUGCAAGUGGGAGGCGAAGCAUGUUAAAGCUAGCGCAGAGGAUGACUGAUAAUUUCUGUGCCGGAGUGUGUGCAUCGACGGUUCACAUAUGGAACAAGCUAAACGCCGGGAACGUUGACGAAGACGUUAGGGUCAUGACGAGGAAGAGCGUCAACGACCCCGGUGAGCCGCCGGGGAUCGUUCUGAGCGCUGCUACUUCGGUGUGGUUACCGGUGUCACCCCAGAGACUGUUCAAUUUCCUGCGUGAUGAAGGGCUUAGGAGCGAGUGGGACAUUCUGUCCAACGGUGGUCCCAUGCAAGAGAUUGCCCACAUCGCCAAAGGCCGUAAUCAAGGCAACUGCGUCUCCCUCCUCCGAUCCAGCGCAAUGAAUGCAAACCAGAGCAGCAUGUUAAUACUGCAGGAGACAUGCAUAGACGCGGCGGGUUCGCUUGUUGUGUACGCGCCCGUUGACAUUCCGGCCAUGCACCUCGUCAUGAACGGCGGUGAUUCCUCUUACGUGGCGUUACUCCCUUCCGGUUUUGCUGUCAGCCCGGAUGGUCCAGGAUGUCGUGGGCCCGUCUGUGAUGGUCAUAUUAGCGGGAAUGGCGGGGAGUCACAGAGGGUGGGUGGGUCCCUUCUCACGGUGGCUUUUCAGAUUUUGGUCAACAGUUUACCGACGGCCCAGCUUACGUUGGAAUCGGUGGAAACGGUUAAUAAUCUCAUCUCGUGCACCGUACAAAAGAUCAAAGCCGCCCUUCAGUGCGAAAGCUGAUUUGCGGGUUUAUUAAUUUGACAUGCGUCGUAUUUAGUUGUGACUCGGUGAGUUGAGGGGUGUUGAGUCAAGAACGAACCUCUCGUGGAGACUCCUUGCAUGGUUGGCUGAGUCGGUGCAGCAUGUGGCAAGGAUGGCGGUUCGGGUAUUGACUCAGGUCGACCCUUUCGAGAUGGGUGGAAUGGAAAAAGGUCGAAAGCCAUUUUGUAUUGAUUUGUCACAGUUAGGGUUUUUUUUUUGGGAAAACUUUGCUAAACUAAUGAAUGUAUUCAUUUCAAAGAGGGGGUGGCGAAUGAGCGCGUAGGAAUGACGCGCAGCCGAUGAAAGUGAGAAUGGUGACGUGCGUGGGCAAUGAAUAUGGCGUUGCUUUCAUCUAAUGUAACGGGGAGGGAAUUACGUGGAGAAGUGAAUAAAGCAGAGACUGGGUGUUUGAGGGACAAGGGUUGCUUUGGAUUAUAAUGCCAAGGGAUCUGUAUGGUUGAUUGCUUUGACGAUGAAUCUGUUCAUCAGGGGUUGCUUUUCAAACCUAAAUUCAUACCCCAUUCCCCUUUCACACUGUUUAUUAUUGGACGGAGAUUGUGGUAUACCUAAACCAACAUAUUUUCAAGCC